GUUUCUUGCUUUUAUGUUAACACAUGUUUUUUGUUUACUAAAUUCAUCCAUAAAGCAGGAACUUGCUUACACAUUUUUUAUAAUUUACGUAGAAUUGAAGAAAUUUAUUAAGUAAAUAAACAUCUUGAUCCACCUAUUAGUUGACACAGUCAGAUGUGUUUUAUUUACGUUUUACGCUAACGUCAAUAUAUACCUGUUUAUAGCCCCUGUGCUUUUCACUAUUGUUCUUAUUUGUUAUGACAAAUGUGGUUAUGAUGAGCAUGAACAUGGAAGGUGCUGGUGGUUCUUUUAACCCAAGGAACCCACAUGGCAAGGGUGAUCCAGAAGAUUUGUCAUUACGGAAAGUCGAAAUGGAAGUGAUGGUACCGAAAGUUAUGCGAGAUCGGGCUAAAGAAUUUCAUUGUAAUAAGGAGGUCAAGGCCUUUGAAUCUUGCUGUAAAGAGAACGGUAUAUCAAUGGUAAUCACAUGUCGCAAAGAAAAUUCAGCUUUAAAGGAUUGCCUCACGUCUUGGUAUCAAAACGAAACUUUCAAAGAAGAAUGUAAACAGAUUUAUUUACAAGAACGCUCGGAAUAUAGGCGUACAGGUAUACCGAAAAAGCAUAGAGUAGAAAAAGUCUAAGACAUUUAAGAAAGAAUCAAUGUAA